UCGCGAGAGUUCGCCGUAGAACCCAUGCAGUCCCGCGUUUCGCGAGAGUUGCACGUACCCGCUCUGGCCGCAGUUGCCAGGCGCUGUGUCGCGGUGUGUGUGCUCUUGUGAGUUUCUCACGGUGCCGGCUUCUUCUUGGGAAGAAUAUGGCAGACGAGUUCGGUGACGGUGAUACUGUGGAGUUGCCAGUGGGAAAGGAAGCAGUUGAUGCUUUGAUCCGGGAAAACAGUCAUAUUUUUUCAGACACCCAGUGUAAAGUUUGCAGUGCAGUGCUAAUUUCAGAAUCUCAGAAGCUUGCACACUACCAGAGUAGGAAACAUGCAAAUAAAGUGCGCCGAUAUAUGUCGAUACACCAAGGGGAGGAACUUGUUUCCGCAAAAAAGUUUAAAGCUGCACCUGCUGAGAGCAGCGAUGGAGACGACAGAAGCAAGUGCUGUCCCAUUUGCAACAUGACAUUCUCUUCCCCGGUUGUUGCUGAAUCCCAUUAUAGCGGAAAAACACACAUCAAAAAUUUAAGGCUGAGGGAACAAGGAGGUGUAACAGAAGGCAUGCUCCACCAAGCAAAAAAACUUGUGGUAACACGCACACCAACUAUAGCAACAAAAAUCGAUAAUAGGAUGGAUCAGUCGGACCCUACAAAGUUCUGUAAGCUCUGCCACGCCACAUUUAAUAACCCCCUAAUGGCAGAACAGCAUUAUGCGGGAAAGAAACAUAAGAAGCAGGAGACCAAAACACAACUUAUGACUAUAUAUACCAGCUCUGGGCAUACUCCAGCACAAGCUCCAAUCGCUAUAAAUGUAAACUCUCCUUUACCAGGCUCAGGAUCAGCUGGGAAAGGUUUUUCAUGUGACACGUGUAACAUUGUGCUGAAUUCAAUAGAGCAGUACCAAGCCCAUGUUAGUGGAGCGAAACACAAGAACCAAUUAAUGUCCAUGACACCAUUGUCCAAGGAAGGUCCCCCAGCAGCUGGAGGCCCUUCAGCCCUUGCAGGCCCUCCAUCAACAGGAGGGGCAUUGUCAUCAGGGGGACCGUCGGCUAGAGGUUUUUCUGCAUCUGGAGGUCCAACACCUAAAGGCCCUUCAUCGUUUGGUGGAUUGCCACCCAUGGGGGGGUUAAUGCCACCUCCUUACCCUCCUCCACACAGUCAGCCAUAUGUCCGUGAAGAUAUGAUGGGUCCUGAUGGAUAUACUUAUUUUAAUAAAGACUUUUAGUGUAAUCUAAAGUUACUUCAGCCAUUGUAUGUCAGAACCAGGGCAUGGUAGCAAGUCAUGGAGAAUGGAAAGAAAGGGUUGUUUUGGCUUUGUCCUCCUUUUGCUCUUGUCCUACUGCUACGCAUGUCUAGAACAAGAAUCCAAUUCACUCAAAACAGGACAUUUUGUAACAUCCAGACUAGAUUGUGGGUGAAGGUAGUAGUUUAUUUUGAAGUGUAUUUUUCCAUAUGGUUGUUAAUCCUGCCUUGGCUUGAGGGUAGAGUGCAGGCUCUGUACAUGCGGUUUGCAUAUGUGUAUUUUAUACAACUAUAUAUUAGUAACCAUUCCAGGUACUGCCUCUCCCUACCCUCUACUAAUGGAUUGAUAGCAUACAGGUAAAUAAAUCUUGGCCUGCCUGCAAUGCAGACAAUCACACCACAUUAUUUGAAUUUCGCUUGUGAAAGAUAUAAGAAUUCCCAGCCUUUGUAUUUGCUUUGAAGUGAAACGAAGAAGAGUAUUUAUUUUGAGAAUGCAGUAGCCUAAGUGGCUGUUUAUAUGCACAGUUCUGUACUGGUUCCGUUUAUGCUGCUUUAGAGAACCUACUAGAAGAGGAAUUUGCCUUGUUAAAAGAUGACUUUAAGCCAUUCUUUUGAUGACUGUCCAGUAGGUGGCGCUACAAGUCCAAAAUAUGGCUAUACAUAAUUCAAAAUGUUAGUCAUUUGAAUGGUUUGUGUUUUCCUCUCUUUAUUUUACAUUUUUACUGUUCAGUUUGUGAAGAAACUGUUAAUUUUGUUUUGUCUAAUUUCUAAUGUAGUUUUAAGUUAUAAUUUUCCUGAAUUAUUUUUAAAUGUGUGUAUUUUAGUUUUCCAUAAACAAUUUUAAAAUGCUUAA